AUGCUGAUUCUGUCUUUGUUCGCCAUUUUGGCCCAUGUUCUCCCGGUCUGGGCUAAAUGCUCUGCCGAUAACCUCGUUCGCGUUUUUGAACAAGCCGAUGCUUGGCCUUAUUGCGCCUCCUUGCUCGGCCCCAAAGACCUGAGCACGACGGUGCCUCCGCCGCGGGCUGCUGCUACGUACGCUCCUGACCGGUUGAUUUCCGCAUGCUCUUGUCUCUUCUCUACCUCACAACAGUCCGGCCCAAAAUCCACGUCAAAAGCUUUCACGACACGAUCAACAACCAUCCCCUACCUCACAUCAACUACGACCACACAAACUCGCAACACAUACGCCGCCCGACCCCGAACCUUCACUGGCGUCAGUGUCACGGGUGAUUUAGAUGCGACCGGCUGCUAUGCGGUGCCUACGCCGACUGGCAGUCUCCGAGAGUCACGUCUAAACAACACAAAUCGCAACCCUCCGUAUGUGGAGGCUAUUUACUUUGACCAAAAUGCCACGCAAGCAAAGUAUGUACGCGUUUUAGACCAAGCCUUAAACAGCCUCUUCUUUGACAUUUCAGAUCCCGGCCGCGUCGUGAUUCAAGACAAAGACAGAAACUCAUUGGCCAUCGACAAUAACGGCAUCCACUUUGCGAGUUCGACGUGCAAGGUCAAGGUUGAUGUCAUGAUUGACAAUUUUUUCGGCCAAUUGAACAACAUUACGAACACCACAUGCCUCGAUGCUGUGCCUUCUCAUGGCAACACUACGUCGAACGAUCGAAAUGACGCGAGGGGCUUGAAGGAUGAUGUGAAGCCACGUAUGAUGGCUCUUGAGUCUUUCUUCGUACUGCUCAAAAUGAAGGACCAGUGCGGCGAGCCACUGCGCCCCGAACUCCGUCCCACCGUUCGCAUCGGGCCUCUGCCCUGCCAGACACUCCAAGGGCCUCCUGGUACUUUCGUCGCAACAUGCCCCUUCCCAAGCAGCAGUUCGACGGAAAUGCGCUGCGAGGCCUCUGUAGAUGCGCUCCUAUCUCGCCUUGCGCGCGGCCGCCUGCCCGGCGCCUGUCCACGCCUCACCACAAUUUGGGCCCUGCUCCUCAACCAGAUGGGGCCUCGGUUGACCCAAGCCUCGCUGUUCCAGCCGUUCCUGGAACCGGGGCUCAACCUUGGUCCUAGAACACUGACCACCAUUGCCGCCCUCCUCAACCAAUUUCGCGCCCUGUGGGAGCCGGCGGGUGACUUCUUCGCCUCGACGACACGCGGCCAGUCUGCACUCGAAGAUACGAUUGCCUCCCACGGUGGCGCUCAAGCUCUCCGCAGGCAAGCUUGCCGUGCGCUCCACCAAGCACCGACACCGUUCAACCUCACGCUGGCCGGGUCGUCGGCUGUCGUCUUGGCUACGCUGAGAGCAGCACCGAACUCAACACUCGAAGUGUAA